GGAACCUUAUAAAAAAUUAUGGUUUGGCCUUUCACAAAGUUGCAUAUCCAUUCCAUGUGACAUGUUAAUUUGUGAAAUAAAAUAGAAGAUUUUCCGAAAAAAAAAUUUUAACUGAAUUCUAAAAUAGCACGAGACAAAAAAAAAAGAGAAGAAAUAGUGAGGUUAGACAUUUUUAUUGAUGUAUUUUACGUUGAAUUUAAAUAGAUAUUUAUUUGAUUUAUUGUGAAAAAAUAACAUAACUCUAUCACUUUUUGUACCAAUAGGAGAUCUAUUUUUAUAAAAGUUAAUCGUUUGUGCAGUGCAAAAUCCAAAAUACCAAAAAUGUCCACUACAAACGAUGUAUCAACAUCUCAAGAUAAAGAAGAAAUUAAGUUUAAACCCAAAUCUCGUAAACAACUCAGGCAAAGGAUCAAAGAAGACAGUGACGAUGAGGAAGACACCAAAGUGAUUACAAAAUUGUGGGAAAUGAAGGAAAUCCAGAAACUCCGAGAAAGACCUAACGGAAUAAACGCUAUCGGUCUAGCACUAGGAGCCAAAGCAACAACCGAAGCAGAAUUAAAGGAUACUUAUAACAAGGAUAUAGGCGGUUUAGUGAAUGCAAAAACCAUAGCCAAAGCUAGCCAAGUAGACGACGCUUAUGACACAGGAAUCGGUACACAAUUCUCAGUCGAAACAAACAAAAGAGACGAAGACGAAGAAAUGAUGAAGUACAUAGAAGUAGAACUAUCUAAACGAAAAGGCAAAGAAAAACGCAACGAACACAGCCUAGAAUCCGAAAAGUACCACACCCCGGAGGAACUUGCCCUUCAAUCCGUACCCGAACACCUUCGGGAAUCUUCCAAGAAACAAUCCGAAGAAAUGUUGUCCAAUCAAAUGUUAAGCGGCAUCCCAGAAGUAGAUUUGGGAAUCGAGGCCAAAAUCAAAAACAUCGAAGCCACUGAAGAGGCCAAAUUGCGAUUACUGUGGCAAAAUCAACGCCAAAACGACGGCCCAUCCCAGUUCGUACCAUCUAAUAUGGCCGUCAAUUUCGUACAGCACAACAGAUUUAACGUCGGGCGCGAGGAAAUACCUGCUAAGAAAUCCAAAAUCGAAGAAAAACCUAAGAAGAAGGACGAAAAGGCCACCGAUGAUUAUCACUACGAGAAGUUUAAGAAGCAGUUUAAGAGAUAAUGUUCUUAUUUAACCUAAUAGGGUUCAUUCAUGACUGUUAUGUUAUAGUUAUAUUCGUCUUUAUUACGUUCCUAAUAAUAAUAAUUCUGUGUAAUAAAUGUUACUUGAUAAAAGAAAUAUUCUAAAGGUACAUGGAACAUAU